UCAUUAUUUAUCAGUUAUUCCUGAAUUCUAUCACGAACACUAACAUGUCUGCCGAAGCUGUUGCCGCCCCCGCCGUCAAGGCCCCCAAGGUGAAGAAGGCCACUAAGCCAAAGGUCCCUGCCGCUCACCCAAAGUUCUCUGUCAUGAUCUCUGCUGCCGUGAAGGCUCUGAAGGAUAGAACUGGAUCAUCUCGUCAGGCGAUCUUGAAGUAUAUCUGUGCUAACUACAAGGUUGAUGCCACCAAGGCUGGUGUACAUCUCCGUAUGGCUCUGAAGAGAGGAGUUGCUGCUGGCAAUCUUAAGAUGGCCAAAGCUUCUGGCAAGGGAGCUGGUUGCUACAAGAUCGGAGAGAAGGCUGAGAAGCCAAAGAAGGUAGCCAAGAAGCCCGCCGCCAAGAAGUCUGCUGCCAAGAAGCCUGCUGCCAAGAAGGCUGUCAAGAAGCCCGCCGCCAAGAAGGCCGCCGCCAAGAAGCCCGCUGCAAAGAAGCCUGCUGCAAAGAAGCCUGUCGCCAAGAAGCCUGCCGCCAAGAAGCCUGCCGCCAAGAAGCCCGCAGCCAAGAAACCUGCUGCCAAGAAGCCUGCCGCUAAGAAGCCCGCAGCUUAAGAAGUAAAACGUCUUUAAAACCAUCAUUGAUCUCAACGUGACACAGUAAUUUACAUUCAGAUGUUUUAUCAGAAACAACCCUCAUAGUUAAAAAUGUAUUGUAUAUAUAUUGUCAAGACCAAAAUAAAAUGUAAAAGCACUAA